AACCCUUAUCCCAACACUUCUCAUCCAAGAAGAAGGCGAGCUCUCCCCUGCCUUCUUCUUCUGGCUACUUAAAUUGCCAACUCUUAGCAGUUCAGUUCUCAAGCAGAGAGAAAGAGAGAGAGAGUGCGAGAGAUGGAAGAGGCGUACCUGAGGCAGUUCGUGAGAAUGACGGAGUCGUGGAACGAUGUGGUUCUUGGUGACUACGCUUGGCGGGCAGCGUUGCCUCAUUUUGCUCAGUCGUGGCUCCGAAACUUCAUCACCGCCACCCUCUUGCUCCUCAUUCCUAGCACCAUUUGGUGCUUCUAUAUCUACCACCUAAAGCCACAUGUCUACUUCCCUAAUGGUCGGAUGCCAACAAAAAGGGUCAUGUUAAAGCAAGUCUGGGUGAGUAUGAAGGCUCUGCCCCUCUUCACUCUGUUGCCAGCAGUUGCAGAGUACGUGAUCGAGAAGGGAUGCACAAAGACCUUCGUGAGAGUAGAAGAAGUUGGUUGGCCCAUGCACAUCCUCUACACGACUCUUUAUCUGUUCAUCGCUGAGUUUGGACUUUACUGGACUCAUAGAUUAAUGCAUGACGUAAGGCCCCUCUACAAGUGCUUUCAUGCAACCCAUCAUGAAUUUAACAAGGAAGAUACAAUUUCCCCCUUCGCAGGGUAUGCAUUCGAUCCCAUAGACGGGAUAGUGCAGGCAGCACCACAAGCCCUGGCGCUCUUCGUCGUUCCGAUGCAUUUCGUUACGCACGAGUUGCUCUUCGUUUGCAAGGGUGUGCUGGCCGCCAACGCCCAUGACUGCAUCCAUGGGAAGGUCUGGCCGGUCAUGGGUGGCGGAUACCACAAGAUCCAUCACACCAAGAGCCGCUACAACUAUGGCGGCUAUACCAUCCUCAUGGACUGGCUCUUUGGCACCCUAUACGAACCCGAACAGGAAGAGGAGAAGGUCAUCUGAGACCAUAUCAUCGUCACCAAUACAUAUAUAUAUCUAUAUCAUCCGUCUCAUAUAUAAUCAGUAAGUAGAGUUGCUUGUUGGGUCUGUUCUUGUAAUGUAUGCUAUGUGGUGUUUGUAAGGACGCAUGGACCGCGUCGCCGUUAUUUGGAAGUGUGCACUACCCGUAUAGUGUUUCACAUCUUUGAAACGUAGAAGAUUGUAAUACGAGUUAUUUCAUACCUCACAGUGGUCGACCAUGGUCGAUUAGUGUACUUGGUGUUUUCUAAUAAUUGAGUAGCGAAUGGGCAAGUGGAGUGAA